UACCCGCGUAUUCUAACCUAAAUUCGAAUUCCGAGCUCCGCUCGCGGACGCGCCCGGCCGCCGUUCUUAAUUCAAAAAUAACAUUUUUUUUUCACAACCGGCCAGUGUUCAGUAAAAUUAAAAAGUUAACGUUCCUUUUUUGAAAAAGUGCGCGUGUUCGUAAUGGUUAUUUUUAGGAGUGCUCGCUUUCGGUGACAAAAUAGCACCGAGGCCGAGGUAAUUUUGGCUGUCCGGAAUAUGGCCUGAUUGUUUUUUUUUCUGGAAAAGUGUAGUGAUGGUGUGUGCUUGUGUGUUGUGAAUAGGAUUAGUAUAUUGCAAUGGCGGAGGCAGCGACCCCCACCCCCGCGCCGCCCACCCCCGGGACCCCCGGCGCGGAGGAAGCUGCGCCCGCGCCGAAGAAGCAGGCUCGCUCGCGCGGCAAGCCGCAGCCGGAAAAACCGAAGCGGAGCCUGCUGUGUCUCGGGCUUAAGAACCCGCUGAGACGGCUGUGCUAUGCUAUUGUGGAAUGGAAACCGUUCGAGUAUAUGAUUCUCACAACAAUCUUCGCGAACUGUAUAGCCCUGGCUGUCUUCACACCCUUCCCAUCUGGAGACACAAAUUAUACUAACGGUAUAUUGGAAAAAGUAGAAUGGAUAUUCAUGGUGAUUUUCACCGGAGAGUGCGUCAUGAAGAUCAUCGCGUAUGGCUUUCUGUUCCAUCCCGGAGCUUACCUGCGGAACGCGUGGAACAGUUUGGAUUUCACCAUUGUCACUAUUGGUAUAAUGAGUCAAUCGCUGCAAGUCCUCUUCAAAGAUGCGUUCGAUGUGAAGGCGCUUAGAGCCUUCAGAGUGCUGCGACCGUUGCGAUUGGUGUCCGGUGUUCCAAGUCUCCAGAUCGUGCUGAACUCCAUCCUGAAGGCCAUGAUCCCGCUGUGCCACAUCGCGUUUCUGGUGCUCUUCGUCAUCAUCAUCUACGCCAUCAUCGGCCUGGAGCUCUUCUCUGGAGUGAUGCACAACACGUGUCAUAAGAAUGAGAGUGGCAAAUACAUAAUGGGCGAAGAUGAAAGACCUUGCAGCGUGGAACUUAACGUAGGCCACAAUUGUAACGCUGAAGAAGGCGAGGUCUGUGUGGCAGGCAACCCGCCUUGGGUGGGGCCCAACGAUGGGAUCACCAACUUUGAUAACAUUGGCUAUGCUAUGCUGACGGUCUUCCAGUGUAUCACGCUUGAGGGGUGGACUGAUAUUAUGUAUUGGAUAUCAGACGUGAAAGGAUCUUCCUGGCCCUGGAUAUAUUUCGUGUCGCUGGUCAUCUUUGGAAACUUUUUCGUCAUGAACUUAAUUCUUGGUGUGUUAUCCGGAGAAUUCUCGAAAGCGAGUAACAAGGCGAAGAACCGCGGAGACUUCCAAAAAUCACGUGAAAGGAAGGAGUUCGAAGAAGACAUGAAGGGGUACCUCAACUGGAUCACCGUUGCCGAGACGCUGGACCUUGAGAAUGAACCCAAACAAGAGAAUGAAGGAGAGGAUUCACAGGGUAACAAUUUCGAGAGAACUAGCAACGAGGGAUCCCAAACUAAUGUCGACCAAACUGAAAACACGGGCACCUGCAAAGUUUACUUUAAACGAUUUGAUAAGGUGAACCGUCGUAUGCGAAGAGCUUGCAGAUUAGCUGUCAAAUCUCAAAGCUUUUACUGGGCCAUCAUCAUACUUGUGUUUUUGAACACGAUGGUAUUGGCAACAGAACAUUAUAAACAACCGCUUUGGCUCAACACGUUCCAGGACUGUGCGAACUACGUGUUCGUUGUACUCUUUACUAUGGAGAUGUUGGUCAAAAUGUAUGCCCUGGGCAUUCAAGGCUACUUCGUAUCUCUCUUCAACCGUUUCGACUGCUUCGUCAUGAUUUGCUCAGUCUUGGAGCUGGUGCUCACAGCCACGGACACCAUCCCACAGCUGGGCAUCUCUGUGUUGCGUUGUGUUCGGCUGCUCAGAGUAUUUAAAGUGACCAAAUACUGGCGCUCUCUCUCCAAUCUAGUAACUUCUCUCCUCAACUCCAUCCAAUCCAUCUUCUCUCUCCUUCUGCUUCUCUUCUUGUUCAUCAUGAUCUUCGCGCUACUCGGGAUGCAAGUCUUCGGCGGGAGGUUCGAGAGUUACGCGCCCGAGGAACCGAAGGAGAGGCACAACUUUGAUACAUUCUGGCAAGCUGUGUUGACGAUGUUCCAGAUCUUGACUGGUGAGGAUUGGAACGUGGUCAUGUACGAGGGUAUUAAAGCAUACGGCGGCGCUGGUACCAUUGGAAUGAUUGCAUCUAUUUAUUUUAUUAUCAUCUUCGUCUGUGGUAAUUAUAUCUUGUUAAACGUGUUCUUGGCUAUCGCCGUCGAUAAUCUUGGAGAUGAUGAUGAUGAUGAAGAAGUUGAAAAAGAACCAGAUGGAGCAGAAGAAAAUCCUGAAGCAGGUAACCCACAACUUGACGAAGACACGGAAAGAGGAGAGACAGAUGAUGAAUAUGUAAACGAAGAAGAAAUCUAUUCAGACGAGGGAUCAGACCACGAGUAUGAAGAAACUGGAUCGGAAGAAGAGGUGAAUGAGCAAGACGCAGAAGAAAGAGGAGAAGCGAAUACCGUUCUUGUUACUACGGAGAAUCAGCAGAUCAAUCAAAACGGGGAUAUAAAGAAAGAGCCGUCUCCCAUCAAACGUCAGCCGACGGUGUCCGCCCGCCCCCGCCGUCUCUCAGAGGUCGAAGUCAAGGAUCAGGAAAAACCCAUCCCUGAUGGCACCAGCUUCUUCUUUUUCUCGAAAACCAACCCCUUCCGAGUGAUGUGCUUCAACAUCCAAAACAACUCUGUGUUCAAAAAUAUCAUCCUCGUCUGCAUCCUGAUCUCCUCAAUGAUGUUGGCUUUGGAAGAGCCUGUGCCAAAAACGGAAAAUAAAGCCACGGCUGAAGCAUUAAAGAAGGUCGACUACUUCUUCACGGCUGUCUUCACCUUGGAGCUGUGCCUCAAGUUGAUCACCUACGGAUUCCUCUUCCAUAAGGAUGCUUUCUGCAGAUCUGCCUUCAACCUUCUUGAUCUGUUGGUCGUUGUUGUGUCCGUUGUGUCCAUAUUUGGGUCUUCUUUCGGAUUCAUAAAGAUUUUAAGAGUAUUCAGGGUGUUAAGGCCCUUGAGAGCCAUUAACAGAGCCAAAGGCUUAAAGUAUGUUGUGAAAUGUGUUAUAGCUUCUAUUAGAUCGAUUGGAAAUAUUUUUUUAAUAAAUCAUAUCUUGCAAUUUAUGUUUGCUGUUGUAGGAAUUCAGUUGUUUAAGGGAAAAUUCUUCUUUUGUACCGAUACCACAAAAUUGACUGAAGACGAAUGUCAGGGCACAUACAUUAUAUAUAAAAAUAAUGAGCCACAAAGGAUGGAACGAAUUUGGAAGGAGUACAAAUGGAACUUCGACGAUGUCCUGAGUGGGAUGCUGACUCUCUUCACCGUAUCUACAUUUGAAGGAUGGCCAAAUUUGCUGUCAGUAUCAAUGGACUCGCACGAAGAAGAUAAGGGUCCCAUAGAAAAUUCGAGACCUUUGGUUGCAUUUUUCUACAUUAGCUACAUCAUUGUCAUCGCUUUCUUCAUGGUGAACAUCUUCGUAGGUUUUGUCAUAGUCACGUUCCAGAAGGAGGGAGAACAAGAAUUUAAAGAUUGUCAAUUGGAAAAGAACCAAAGAAACUGUUUGGAAUUUGCGUUAAAAGCAAAGCCAAGUCGGAGAUACAUUCCAAAACACCGCAUACAGUACAAGACAUGGUGGUUUGUGACCUCAGAGCCGUUCGAAUACUUUAUAUUCACGUUCAUCGUGAUCAACACUCUGGCACUCAUGAUGAAGUUCCAUGACGCUAAACCUUGGUAUCAAACGCUUCUAGAUUAUUUAAAUAUGAUUUUAACUACAGUGUUUACGCUGGAGUUUGUCUUCAAACUAGCUGCUUUCAAAUUUAAAAACUAUUUCGGUGACGCGUGGAACACAUUCGACUUCAUCAUUGUCGUCGGCAGUAUUAUCGAUAUUGUCGUGACGCAGGUCAAUGAGAUGGAUCCUAAUAUGUCACCUGAUAAAAGCAAAGGUUCCGUAUUAAAAUACGUGGCAUUCUUCCGAUUGUUCCGAGCGAUGAGAUUGAUAAAACUGCUCUCCAGAGGGGAACGAAUUCGGACGCUUCUGUGGACCUUCAUCAAGUCUUUCCAAGCCCUGCCUUAUGUAUUUCUGCUGAUCGUGCUACUGUUCUUCAUUUAUGCCGUCGUAGGAAUGCAGCUAUUUGGAAAGAUUGACGUAGACGGUGAAACUAUAACGGAACAUAACAAUUUCCAAUCAUUUGGCUCUGCUUUGAUGGCACUUUUCAGAUCUGCUACAGGUGAAGCAUGGCAGGAAAUCAUGAUGGCUCUCUCCCGGAACAAUGCAGAGCGUCCCGGCGAGCCGGCCGGCUGCUACAAUCCGAAUAACGAAAAGAUGUCCGACAUUGACCCGGACGGCACCGGAUGCGGCAACUGGCUCGCUUUUCCGUAUUUCAUAUCGUUUUCUUUGCUCUGCACUUUCUUGAUCAUCAACUUAUUCGUUGCCGUUAUUAUGGACAACUUUGACUAUUUGACCAGGGACUGGUCGAUCCUGGGACCACAUCACCUUGAUGAGUUUGUGAGAUUAUGGAGUGAAUACGAUCCAGAUGCGAAAGGGAGGAUCAAGCAUUUGGACGUUGUCCAGUUACUCAGGAAAAUUAAUCCACCUUUAGGUUUCGGAAAGCUGUGUCCCCACCGGACGGCGUGUAAGCGUCUAGUCUCGAUGAACAUGCCUCUGAACUCGGACGGGACGGUCAACUUUAAUGCGACGCUGUUCGCGGUGGUGAGAACACAGCUGGGAAUCAAGACUGUUGGUAUCAUCGAUGACUGCAAUACUGAGUUGCGAGCGAUCAUCAAAAAGGUGUGGAAACGCACCUCACACAAGGUCCUCGAUCAGGUGGUCCCGCCCCCUGGUGACCCCAACGAGAUCACUGUUGGCAAAUUCUACGCUACAUUCCUCAUACAAGACUACUUUAGGAGGAACCAUGCGUUUAGGAAAAGGAAGGAGCAAGCAGCAGCAGAGUCAGUCCAGACGAAUCAGAUGACGCUGCAGGCUGGUCUGCGGACCCUGCACGAGGCGGGUCCAGAGCUAAAGAGGGCCAUAUCAGGGAACCUCGAUGAGCUGGUGGCUGAAGCCGUGGAGCCUACGCAUCGGCGAACCCAUCCGCUGUUCGGAGUGCUGCAAAGCUUCAGGGGUUCCAGGCACCGGCGGGUCGAGAUGCACAAACCGCCGGAAAGGACACCAAAGACUGUUAAACUUAAUCUUCAACAAAAACAAGAUUUGGGCUCAAUGAUGAGACGAGAGUUCGGAAUGGAUGGCCGAAUACCUGAAGAAGACACAUCAAAAUAUGACGACCAUGAUCCGAGCGACGAAGAGAUUGCGAUGGAGCCGCUACUUCGUGGGAAAGACUCUGAGAAGAUAUUCCAUGCUAUCGAAAAAACUUCGAAUGACUUAAUCCAGACGAUGAGAGGCCGACAUCAUGACCAAAGGUCGAGCCCGAACAACAACGUGCCUUAUUGUGUGGAGAACCCGGCGGAGACGCUUAUUGCUCGUGUUUUGACAGACCAGGGUCUCGGCAAAUAUUGCGACCGCGAUUUUCUCCAGAGUACCUCACAUGAGAUGCAGGAGGCUUUAGGCCUCUCUCAGGAGGCGAUGGACACCGCUGCGAAUCUUAUCAUUUUGCAAGAGCGGCAGAUGAACAGAUCACAGCAGCUGCCUAACAACGUGGAGAGCAUACUCUCAAGGCAGUACCACCCCUUCCAUCAGCCCCCGAUGCAGCCGCCUCAGAGAAAAUGAUAUUUUGUACUUUUAUACUUGGAUCACCCUCCACCGGUGCGGUGUGGUAACCGCACUCGGCUUACCCUUUCAAAGGGUUUGUGUUACCCUUUUUUGAACCCGGCCCGGGUUUUUUGGAAGAUUUUGCAAAAGAUUUUAACGGACAGCGUAGCUUGUAAUGUUAUUUUAAAUUUUAAGCACUUUAGCAUUUUAAUAUUUUGAAUGCCAUGGAUAUUUUCAAACUUAAAAAUAUUCUAAAUUUUAAAAGUGAAUUUUAGAUGAUUCUAGUUUUUUGAUCGCUUUUCGCAAAUGCCUGAGAUUUUAUUGUAAAUAAUAAUUAUGAAUAUUUUAUUGACUAAUAAUGAUAUGUACCUAAUGGGUAUGUGCCUUAAUUAUUACAGAAGUAUGUGUUUAAGUGUCGGACUGUGAAAAAUGUGGCCCCAUAAAAUAUUUAUUAUAUAGUAAAAAUGUGCCAAAAUGUUUACUUCAUAUUAGUAAAAAUUUAUAUUAUUCUGUAUUUAUUGCUAUUGAAAUUUAAAUGAUACCGUAUAUUUAUUAUUGUUAUGUAAUAUUUCAACCAAUGUAGGUAUUUUUCUAAUUUUAAUGAUGCAAGUCUAGUCAGUUUGCUUGCUUGGAAGAGUUUUAUGUAAAUGUAUAUUUAUGUUGUAUUUUGUAUGGAGGUAUUGUUAUUGUGAAUAAAAUUGUUGCAACAAA